UUGCUUGUGUUGUUUCCGGUCAGGCGCUGAGCGGGCAGCUGAACCCGCUCGGCUGUGACGUGUAGGACCUUCCUCUCAGAUACAGCAGCAGUAAUGGCGGACUACGAUGAUCGGGCCUACGGCAGCUUUGGGGGCGGCAGAGGACCCCGCGGCGGUGGUGGGCCUGGAGGCCCCAGGAAGCAGAAGGAGCUACCCACAGAGCCCCCGUUCACAGCGUAUGUGGGAAACCUGCCUUUCAACACGGUGCAGGGCGACAUCGACGUCAUCUUCAAAGAGCUCAACAUCCGCAGCGUGCGAUUGGUCAGAGACAAAGAGACAGACAAGUUCAAAGGGUUUUGUUAUGUUGAGUUUGAAGAUUUGGAAUCUCUAAAAGAAGCUUUGGCAUAUGAUGGCGCUUUGCUAGGCGAGAGGUCACUGAGGGUGGACAUCGCAGAGGGACGAAGGCAAGAACGAGGAGGGAGCGGCUUCGGGUUCAGGAAAGACGACAAUAGAGGACGAGGAGGUUCUCGAGGAGGAGGUGGAGGACGGGAAUCGCGAGAGGACUUCUACGACCAGCAAGGAGGAGGUUUCAAAGACGAUGACUACAUGGGGGGGCGGGGUCGAGGCGGCAGCAGUCGUCCUGGCGACAGGCCGCGAGGAGGUGGAGGAAUGGGUCGCUUCAGAGACGUACCGCCCCGCGGAGGAACGACAGAUUUCAGGGAACCAUCUGAAGAGGAGCGUGCACAGCGGCCCCGCCUCCAGCUGAAACCUCGAACCGUCUCUGAACCGCUCAACCAGGUCGCCAACCCGAACUCCGCCAUCUUCGGUGGAGCUAAGCCGCGAGAAGAGCACUGACCCGUUUAAAGUCUCCGCCACAGACUCCUGACCAGACGGUGGCGCUAACACGCCUUGUUGCCAACCCAGCAGAAGAAAUUUGAAGUUUUGUUUGUUUCAGUGUGGAUCAGACGCAGACUUCCACAGAGAUAAAUGUUGUAAAGUCCAAACUCUUCCUGUCCAAUAAAGCUGGAUCUUUGGUUUGUAGCUCCAACUGUAACGUGUGCUUCUUUGAUUUGAACAACCAGAUCCAUUUCUCCAGGUCGGUGUGGAUCAGGACCGGGUCUUGGUUCGGUUUCAGUCUGACAGAGCGGUUUUUCUUUAGCGGGCCGGUGAAAGGACGACGUUUUUCUUAAUAUGCUACUUUUUUUGUUUAUUUUUUGACCCACUCUGUUUAUUGCAAUAAAACUGUGUCAUCAUCAUCCAACACCAA